AUGGAGAGGGGGCCAUACGAGCGUAAAGCCCAGGGCCCUGUGACGAGCAGAGCAACAACAGAUGUACCCAAGGCUGGCUCUCCCCAACUCACCACCACCACCACCCCCACCAAUGAAUAUCCCCCAAAAUACACGAUACAUUUCAGGACACAAGAGCGAAAGACACGAGGGAAGCAGCAUGAGGAUGAGAGGGACUCUCCCUCAGUGCCACAGGAAGGGCGCCAACACGCCUGUUAUCAGCGUGCCGUGACAAGAAAGCGCGUUAAGGUUCUCUUGGCUCCACCCAUCCGUGCCUGCCCCAGCGUCCCCGUGUCGCGGUGGGCGGCACGACAGGGUUUGCGAGAGGCGAGGACACUUGAUAGAAUGUCGCCACUCAGCAGGACGUGCCACGGUCACCUGAGAGCCGCCACACCUGAGCCCCGCGCCUCGCCACACUCACCCACCUUAGAGGACACACCCGCCACGCUGCGGGAGGCGCGGUGCUCCCUCGGCCACGGCAGAGCAGCGGCGCGCCGCCCACCUCCAUGGAUGGAAAUGAAGGCUUCCAACAAGUGUGCCAAGCCUCACGACUCGCGACACUCCCCUGGCCAGGCGGUGAGCGGCAGCAGGGCACCGCCACCCCAGCCUCCACCGUCACGUCCCGCUGCGCCUCACCGCCCCGCUCCGGGAGAGCCAUUAGUGCCAGGGUCGUGUGUCUCUGGGGACGCCGCGGCACUACAAGCACGCCGGCACGCCGCGGCCAUCAUGCAUCAUGCUCCCACAACGAUGCCACCACAAUGCACCUUGGCACCCCCGAUCCCCACCCCGACCGGAGCUACCACGCAGGCCGCCACGAAACCCACGUCCCUGUGUCAAGACACGGCCAGCCACACAUCCACCAACAGCCAGGUCACGUCACCGCCGCUCCCACCUGGCCUGCUGCAGCCCCUGGUCCCGCGGCACAACCAAGCCGCCACGCCGCCACGCCACUACAGCGACACGCCGUGCGGCCAUACUACCACACCGUGA